AGGAUUCAAUGGUUAGGGUACAUUUGCUUGAGGAUCAUAUUCAAGGAUUAGAGCACAUUUGCUUGGUAUAAAAGGGUAAUAUUUAUACCAUCACCAAUCGCCCCCACGCACACACACAUACCACCCACACACACUCCACCUUAACCAAAAUGCGCAACCGCCGGUACUUAGCCACCAGCGACGACGAUGACGACGACGCCGCGCCACCGAACAACGACGAUGAAAUGCGGUCAACUCAACGGAAGCGAAAGCGAAUGAAAAUAUACGAAGACGACGAUGAAGAUGAACAAAUACAAGAAGCAAUCAAACAAUCAACCAAAACCAAACCAGACAACAAAAAAGCUAACGAAGAUGAAGAGAAAGAAGCAUCACCGCCGGUAGAUGAGGAGGAGGAGGAGGAAGAAGAAGAACCGCCGGACGCGAAGCCGGUUGGUGAGGUGGUUAGGGUUUCCGGCAAGGGGAAAUCGAAGCUCAAUCAUUAUAAGGCGUUUGAAUUUGACGGAAUUUCGUACGAUCUUGAGGAUCCUGUGCUUUUAGUUCCUGAUCCUGAAGGACCAAACAAGAAACCAUAUGUUGCUAUAAUCAAGGAUAUCACAGAGACAAAAGAUAAUAGUGUGAUGGUGACUGGACAAUGGUUUUACAGACCUGAAGAGGCAGAAAGAAAAGGCGGCGGAAACUGGCAAUCAAACGAUACACGCGAGCUGUUUUACAGUUUUCACCGAGACGAGGUCCCAGCCGAAUCCGUAAUGCACAAAUGCGUAGUGCAUUUCAUUCCUGCUCACAAACAGAUCCCUAGUCGUAAGUUACAUCCCGGAUUCAUCGUUCAAAAGGUUUACGACACCAUUUUCAAGCGCCUUUUCAAGCUUACAGACAAAGAUUACGAAGAUAACAUGCAACAUGAAAUCGAUCUCCUUGUUCAAAAAACAAUGUCAAGGUUAGGAGACCUUCCCGAUAUCAAAAUCGAUAAUGAUACGGUUGAUCCGGAAGACCAGUUAAGAAGUAAAAGGCUGUUGAGGAGAAAGAAUAUGAAUAUGUCUCCGUUAGAUGUUUCCAGAGACGAGGAUGUAAGCAACAGGUCUGGACCGUUGUCACGGUCCGAAACACCUGGAAGUUGUAACAGCAUUGCUUCAGAGUAUUAUAACAUUCUGGUAAAGUUUGAUGCUUUCACGAACGAUCAGCAACGUGAUAAAUGGUUAGAGAAGCUUCUAGAUACAGUGCGGUUUGUAUGCAAUAAUGUGGAUGGCAGUCAGAGCAAUAAUCCUCCUAUAAACGAACCUGAAGAUAAAAUUCCAAAAAGCGGAACAGGAUCACCUCCUAUCUGGCCUGACGAUGCUGUCCGUGCUGUAGCUGCUCUUGAGCAGGCCUCGCAUGAGUCUUCAGAUUUUCAGAAAUAUAACCAGAAGAUGCGGCAAUUAGUUUUUAAUCUUAAGAAAAAUGCACAGCUAGCCCGACGCCUUCUAAAGGGGGAAUUGGAACCUUCAAAAAUAUUGUCCAUGUCACCUAUUGAGUUGAAGGAGGGAUUGACAGCAGAGGAGAUAGCUAGUAGAGAGCCCGAAGAGGAUGCUAUGGUGCAGAUGACAGAUGCUCGUUGUAAAAGAUGCAUGGAGAAAAAAGUGCGAUUAGUAGAGAUCAUAUCAGGUGGACAUGCAGAUCGAUACCAGCUCGAGUGUAAUGCAUGUGGUAACAUGUGGUAUGCCUCUAGUCAUGAAGCAUCAUCACUCACAAUAGACGGGCCCAGCUCAGCUAAGACUGUAGGAACUGCACCAUGGGCUACUGCCAAGUUUGAAGAUGUAGAAAAGAAGUUGGUUAGUCCACGUGACCGUGCUCCUGCCAAUGACGCUCUUAAAAAAUUACCCGAAAAGCAGAAGUCCUUCAACAAGUCUAGGCCCGAAGAGCAAGACAACCCACCACCACCGACCCAGUAAACUAAUUUUUGUGUUUCAGUAUGGUACAUCUGUAUCUACAUAUGAGUUUGAAAUCCGUAGCGUAACUUGUGUGUGGGUUUUUUUUUUUUUUUGUGCACAACUUUGGUAUCGCCAGUCAGGGCAGAGUUAGAAGAGGUUCAGUUAUAAAACGCGGUGGUUUAACGCGGGAUCAUGAAAACUACAAAAACUAAUCCGGAGUUGACAAGUUUUUAUUUUA